GACUCAAGAGACAAGUCCGUUAGUUUGACGAAGAGAGAGAGAGAGCGACGUCGUCCAUGACUUGACCACAGACAUCAACGCCUUGACAACAUUAUUGGCAGCAAUGUCGAGAGAAAACACCACUCGAAGUUUGGACAGCAUAGACCUUGCUGCGCUGAGGGACCCUGCAGGUAUAUUUGAGCUGGUGGAGGUGGUUGGCAAUGGAACAUAUGGUCAAGUGUACAAGGGUCGUCAUGUCAAAACAGGCCAAAUGGCAGCUAUCAAAGUCAUGGAAGUCACAGAGGAGGAAGAAGAGGAAAUAAAGCUGGAGAUCAACAUGUUAAAGAGUUACUCCCACCAUAGAAACAUCGCUACUUAUUAUGGAGCUUUUGUUAAGAAAAGUCCUGCUGGACAGGACCACCAGCUCUGGCUGGUGAUGGAGUACUGUGGAGCCGGCUCGGUAACAGACUUGGUAAAAAAAACAAAGGGUAACUGUCUGAAAGAGGACUGGAUUGCUUACAUCUGCCGAGAGGUGCUCAGGGGUCUUUCCCAUCUCCAUUCCCAUCAUGUGAUUCACAGGGACAUUAAGGGACAGAAUGUUUUGCUUACAGAGAAUGCUGAAGUAAAACUUGUGGAUUUUGGGGUUUCCGCACAGUUGGACAAGACGAUUGGUCGAAGAAACACCUUCAUCGGUACUCCCUAUUGGAUGGCUCCAGAGGUUAUUGCCUGUGAUGAGAAUCCAGAAGCCACAUAUGAUUACAGGAGUGACCUCUGGUCUUUAGGCAUCACUGCUUUAGAGAUGGCAGAAGGAGCCCCACCUUUGUGUGACAUGCAUCCAAUGAGAGCUCUGUUUCUGAUUCCACGCAACCCUCCGCCAAGACUUAAGUCCAAAAAAUGGUCCAAGCGCUUUCUGUCAUUUAUUGAUAGCUGUCUAGUUAAGAACCAUCUGCACCGGCCCACAACGGACGUCCUGCUGAGGCAUGCCUUCAUCCGAGAUUUGACUAAUGAGAGACAAGUUCGCAUCAUGCUCAAAGAUCACCUCGACAGAACCAGAAAGAAAAAGGAGAAAGAGGGUCCAGAGUAUGAAUACAGUGGAAGUGAAGAGGAAGAAGACGAGGUCACAGAGGAGGAAGGAGAACCCAGCUCCAUAGUGAAUGUUCCUGGCGAAUGGACCUUAAGGCGGGAGUUUCUGCGUUUACAGACAGAGGAUCGAGAAGAGAGCCAACAUAGGGGCCACAGAGUUGGUGGGGAUCAGCAGAGACAACAGCAAAUAGCUGAGCAAGAACAAUACAAGCAGCAGUUACUGGCUGAUCGACAGAGGAGGAUCCAACAACAACAUGAGAAACGACAAAUGUUAGAAGAUAGGCGACAGCUGUCAGACGCUGCCUUUCACUGGGCACAACUACAAGAGCUUAUACUUGGGGAGGAAUCUGAUAACCAUGACAACAGAAUCCUAAAGAAUGACAGAUAUCAGAGAAAUGACAGGAAACAGGACCAUGCAGACAGACAAUGGAAUGCUGAUGUGUCCAUAAGGCCCCUGGACUCAGAGCAGAGAGCUGUGGCUCCAAAUCAGCUGCUUCAGCUUAAGGCCAAGCACUUGCAGCCUCAUCUCCAGUCACCAGCCAAGCCCCAGCCUCAGCAGCCCUCGUCAGGCAGGAGAUCCCACCGCACCCUGCCUAAAGACCAAACGCAGCUCCUGUCCCUGCAGCAUGACCACAGACAGAGAGAGAAGGAGAGGGAACAGGAGAGGCAAAGAGAAAAACCAGAGGCAGCUGUCCAAAAGCUAAUGGCUAACAGCAGGAACAUGGGCGCUCCUGGCGCUACCGCCGCUGCUUCCUUGUCCAGCUGCCCCGCAAACUGCCAGCGCUCAGCGAUGGACUACCAGGACUCAGAUUUAGCCAGGAUGCUUUUAGCUACGGGCCUGCCCAGCGAGAUGCACUCAAGGCUAGGCUCUGGUAGCAGUUCUAGUCCUUGUACCCCAGCCAUGCAGAGAGCUCACACUAACCAGAAUGCCAAUUUGCGCUCUAGUCGAGUUGCCCCUCACAGUAGCUCUAUGUCAGAUAUGGCAAUCUCAAUUUUGUCCCCUUUCACGCCUGUGUCACCCUCUGAUGAUGUGUUCUGGGACUUGGAGACACCACCCAAGGUCCCGGAACGUACUACCUCUAAGUUCUACUGCAGAGAACUAGUGAAGGGACACAACACGGCAGCUUCCAGUGGCAGUCCUGUGCUAAUGACAGAUAAAGGUUUAAGGUCUGUGUCUCAUGGGGUUUCUAUCGGCAGUAAUCGUCCAGAUCACUUCAAGCUGGAGAGUCCACGUGUGCAGCAGCGUCUUCAGCAGCACAAACGGCAGCAGAACGACAUCACUGGCAGACAUUUACAAGGUGUCAAGACUGUUCUGAGCCCAUUCAACAAGGCCACAGAAUACUCCUCCUCCAGCGAUGAGUUUGGGAGUAGUGAUGAAGACGAGAGGAACAGUUGUGGCCUCCCUAAUGGAAAGGGAGAGAAAUACUUCAAACAAAUACCAGAUGGCAUUGUGCUGCAGCCUCAUCACAAUCUUAACCAGAUUUCUCAGAUGUCAUCAGAUGAUACCUACAUGCUGCCAGACCUUCUGCAGAAAACAUCUUCAUCAAGUCCUUCUCGCAAUGCACUAAACCAGCAGCAGCGAACACGAGAACAGAGUUACACGCAAUCUCCCAUGGCACCGCAAUCCCCCACACGCCGGGAGCUAAAUGCUUUCAGCAGUCCAGCUAGUAAAAACACCUCAUCUACCUCUUCCACUUUCUUCUCCUUCAUUGAUCCAAGAUUGACCCCAAUAUCUUCGCCACCACAGAGCCCAACAUGCAGUAAGGGUGACCCAGUCAAGCGAGAGAACCAUAGGAAGGGGUCUGUAGUGAAUGUGAACCCAACCAAUAUUCGACCACAGAGUGACAGUCCUGAGAUUCGCAAAUACAAGAAGAAAUUCACCACAGAGGUGCUCUGUGCCGGACUGUGGGGAGUGAAUCUGUUGGUGGGGACGGAAAAUGGUCUUUGGCUGCUGGACCGAAGUGGUCAGGGGAAGGUCUACUCACUCAUUAGCAGAAGAAGGUUUCAGCAGAUGGAUGUGCUUGAAGGACUCAAUGUGCUCAUUACUAUAUCAGGUAAAAAGAACAAGCUCCGCCUUUACUACCUUUCCUGGCUGAGAAAUAAAAUCCUUCGGAAUGACCCGGAAGUGGAGAAAAGACAAGGUUGGACAUCUGUUGGAGAUCUGGAAGGUUGUGUCCACUAUAAAGUGGUGCGUUACGAGAAGAUCAAGUUCCUAGUAAUUGCUUUGAAGAAUGCAGUGGAGGUUUACGCUUGGGCACCCAAACCCUACCAUAAGUUCAUGGCCUUUAAGUCUUUCAGGUCUUUACCACAAAAGCCACUGUCUGUUGACCUGACAGUGGAGGAAGGUCAAAGGUUAAAGGUCAUCUAUGGUUCCUCAUCUGGUUUCCAUGCUAUUGAUGUAGACUCUGGUACACCGUAUGAUCUCUACCUGCCCACACAUAUCCAGGGUUCCAUCCAUCCGCACGCCAUCAUCAUUUUGCCAAACAGUGCCGGAACAGAGGUUCUUGUUUGCUACGAAGACGAAGGAGUCUACAUUGACACUUACGGCCGAAUCACCAAGGAUACGGUGUUGCAGUGGGGAGAGAUGCCCGCAUCUGUCGCUUACCUACAGUCCAAUCAAGUGAUGGGUUGGGGAGAGAAGGCCAUUGAGCUCAGGUCUGCCAACACGGGAAACCUGGAGGGAGUUUUCAUGCACAAAAGGGCCCAGAAACUCAAGUUCUUGUGUGAAAGGAAUGACAAGGUCUUCUUUGCAUCAGUGCAGUCAGGAGGCAGCAGUCAGAUUUACUUCAUGACGUUGGGUCAGAACUCUCUGUUCAACUGGUAAUGAACUGGACGCGUGGCGGCAAGGUCAGCUGCUUGUGCAGGCCUUCAUCAGCUCGGAUUUUCACGCUUGCGUACAGUUUGUCACAUCGUGCAUGGGACAUUAGGCCAAGAAGAGUUUUCCGUGAAAAUGUGUGACGAAUGGCACACUGACAUCAUUUUGGAGCUGCUUUUGUCAAUGUCUGUUGCUUCACUGUCCAACAAAUUCACUGGAUCUUGUUUUUCCUCGCCUGUGCACACUGCAGCUGUUCUGUUCCGCUUUCAGCUCAUCUUGUCUGGAUCAGUCAGUUCCGUACUGGAUCAUCCUUUCUCUUCCACAUAGACGUUCCAAAGUUCUGCUGCUGUGCUUCUUACAAACAGUAUCCAUGUAAUGGAAUGAACGGUGGAAAAAUAGGAGCUUUAUUAUCCCUGUUUACUCUAUGGAAAUCAUCUGAGCGCUUCACAAAAGUGUGUGCGGAAAAAUGAUUCCCUGUACAGCGAAUAGCAGGUUGCACAUUUGAUUCCUCAUAAUGUUCUUUAAUCACAUUCCACAUUGCUCGUCAACUGUCGGAAUUGCUGGAGCUAUUCGAACAGCCACAUGGAGAUGCUUAAAGGGAUACUGGCCAAAUUAACGCAUGUUUUGAUUGGUAGAAAUUGAUUAGUUUAGCAGGGGAAAAGCAACUAAAAGCUGAAAAAUACACCUCUAAAUCAAUUUAUUGCACUUUUACCACAACACCUUCGAUCGAACGGGCGCGUCCAUAUUGGCCGCGAAUCGCGGAAGUGACGUCACGCGUACGUCACCUUGCCGGUUUCCUUAUUGACAACGCUCGUUUGAUCAAUGAAAAGGAAAAAAAAAAACAGAACUCAAUCGCAACAUUUUGUAGAGGUUUGGACCAAAAUAACUCUUGGCAAUGCACAUAGGCGUUGUCUGCCAUAAAAAGGAUAUUUAUGCAGACCCCUAAGCAAGGAUAUGGAAAUAGGUGCAGAGCACACAAGGAAUAAGAGCAACUACUUUAUUCCUGGUGAGUGCUGACAAUCGCGAAUGCAACUUCCAAGAGAAAAGAGACCAAAAUGAAGACGAGGGUACAGUAGGUACAAGAAGGCCACAUUCACAAUUUCACUGCAGGGACAGUAUUUAUUUAUUCAAUAUAGCAAUUCCAACCUCGAGUUGAAGUCAAUCCAGCCACCACAACGAUUGUUCAUACUAUGCAUUUCGGUAACACGCCGCCAACGGGCUGUUUUUCUUUUAAAAUAGCUUUUAAAGUUACUAAAGGUGUGUGAAAAUUCACCAUAUUUUAAAAUAAAUCACAACAAAAAUAACUUUUCACAGGUGCAAAGAAAAAAAAAUACUGUGAAAAAGAUACAGUAUCCCUUUAAAUGUUGUGGCUGCUGUUAAAUGUUUACUAUGAAAGGACCUCGGUGAGGUGUUUGGUAGCUCCACAUUCUUCCUGAAAAGAUUUUCCACACUUUACGGUGUUGAGUGUUCAGCCCAUAUGCACUUUGGAGGCAGGUUAUGUCAACCUAGUUCCUUAUUCAUUUAUUGUUUAUUUCUGUCUGCUAACUGAAUUUGUUUUGCACCAUCCAACGCAUUAUAUUGCUAAGUUAUUUAUCUAAAAGUAGGGCUAAAUUUCACCAGUGACUAUUAAGGAAAAUAAAGAUCAUUUAAUUUCAACACUGUUCAUUUACCAGUUCUUAUUAGGUUAGUAUUAAAUAAUAUUUUAAUUUUUUUUACUUUCUCAAUAUACUUAGCAGACAUCACAAUUGUCUACUUAAAAAUUAAUGUAGUAUGGCAUUUGAAACACACACAAUUCAUUGAUUGUGUAAAGCUACACAAAUGCACUCCAACAGUAUUUCCAGGCUUUGUAUGUUUGUGUUGUACAGAUUGACAGUGUAUAUGUUUUUGUAUGUUUUCUGAAACAAAUUGUAUAAUUGACUGAAUGUCAAAUGUUGUUUUGUUUGAAAGGUGAAUAUGAGGACUACUUUAAGAUGAUUUUGUUAAGUGACAUUCAAAACCAAUAGGAAAUAUACUCCUCUUUGACCUGUGAUUUAAUUCACUGAGCCUCAACUGGGAUCCUGACCUGAUAUAUCAAAUAUUCAUGCAAAUGAUCUUAAAUUUGUCAAUUGAGUAAUAGCCGUAGCACAGGACCAAAGUCGUGUCUUAUUCUGCUCUCAGAUUUGAAAGUUUGAUUGAAUUCACCUGAAAAUAUUCAUUUUACCUUCUGGUGUGAAUGAGAACAUUGUUAAUUCAUGUGUUUUCCGUUUUCCCUUUGUUUUAACAUUCCUCUGUUGGUCUCCGAAAAUUGCACCAAAUAUGUUAUUUUUUUCGUUGUUGUUGUUUUUAUAAUAUGUAAUGUUGUUUUGUUUUUUGUUACGGAAUUAUAUUGCAGCUGGUUCUGUUAGAUGAUUUUUAACUGGAAAAAGUAUUGUUGCUCUAAUGAUAAGAAUAAUAAUUUCCAUGGGGUAAUUUCAGCUUGUAACAUGGAAGUACACGGAAUUCUAAACUGUAACAUGGAAGCACACGGAAUUCUAGUGAUGAAGUAGAGUUCCUAGAAAUCUUUUUCCUCAGAUAGUCAAGCUGAACGGAAGAUUUAAAUAUGCUAAAUGGACAAACGAUAUACUGUAUUCCAGGACACACCUUGUUAUUAAAAAUAAUCAACAAUUACCAAUCAGAUUGGGUUAAACCAUUCAAACUGGGUGUUGCUGUAAUUCUUCAUCUUAUCAAGACAUUUUGGACAACCAUGUGCUUCCAAAAUGUUAGAUGAUUUUGAUUUGAAAGAUGUUGAGAGCCCUGACCUCAACCCCUUCAGACUUUUUUGAUCAAGUAAAUCAGAGCUAUUAAAUGAGUACCCGCACCCUGAGUGGAAGUUGUUGGAGCUGCAAAGAGAGGACCAACUUUUCAUGGUUUAAUGGUGCCAGAUGUCCCAAUACUUCUGUCUAUAUAGUAUGUGUACGCACAGCAUAGAGAUAACCGUGUUGCCUCCAAAAUAAAUUAAAUUGGAACUUCAGAAAUUUAUAGACAACUUUUGUGAUGAUUGCCUAUGGAAAUCCGUUUCAGCAUUUCAAUAUCUAAUAUUUAAUAUCUUUGAUAUCUUGCUUAAGGUCCAUGUACGAAUAUGCUGCCCGUUUCCACCAGUAUGACAGUUCAGUGCACUUGUAGAAUGUCACAUGUAGUACUGUUGGCACACAGUUGACAACAGUUUUGCGUCACAAGUAACGUAGUCAUCCUACUUGUAUGGCAAAGGUAUCCGAUUUGUGUAUACAGUCAUGGAAAAAAAACAUUACUAGUAAGACACAGUCGUUGUACUUUAGGGCUACGACAAAAAUCAAAUAACUUGGCUAAGUCGACUUCAACAAUAGGUCAACAAAAUUUCUGCCUCGAAGCUCCGCCAGGACCAAAGAAGAUAAAAAAAUUCCUCCCGGAACCGUUUUUGCGCCAUCUAAACCAGUGUUUCACAGGGACAUUUGUUGCAGACGGACUCAGUGUUGGGCCACUGAUAAGCUUUGCCAAAAACGACAGAGGAGCAUCUGUGAUUUUUAAGACACUGUUAGAUGUUUAAGGUACAUAUAACAUGAUGUAUGAGUGAGGGAAAUGGUAGUUAGCGUUUUGUUUUUUUUGUUUUUUUACCUAAACUGGUAAUCGUUAGUGCGCUAAUGCUAAUCACGAGUGCUAACCGUUUAGCAAAGGCUGAUUUUGUUGUCUCACAUUCUGUGUAGAGUUUAUACCAUACACUCAGUACCAACAUAUGCAGUUUAAGGAGAGAAGGGGCAGCAAUUACUCGAGUACUCAACGAAAUAUCUAUCGGAUAAUCGAUUCUAAAAAGAUUUGAUCGUGACUGCCCUAUUCUACCCGUAUUAGUACAAUGACGCAAUGACCUUUAGCUGGAUAUCAAGUCUUCUAGAAUAAAUGCUCAAACGGCUUUACGUAAUUGGCGAUUCUUUCUGGAUUAUUGGUAGUAAACGUGCCAGUGGUGCUUCAUCUCAUUCAAGCUGUAUCACGAAAUCGAGAACCUGCCGCAUUUCCGCCUACACCUUCACUGAUUGAGCCCACGCAGCAUCUCCCAAGCCUCCACCAUCAAAUCUUUUCACUUUAUCAACAUGUCUCCUCUUGGUGCAUUUCAUUCCCCCUUCACGUUCCCUCCAUUCCACUUUCAUCUUCCUUAUCAUCUUUGUUCCCAAGUGUUGUUCACUUUCUCUUCGCUUUCCAUCCACCCCCAGCUCUGCAUCACAAAGCUUCUGGUAGUGUCACUGAAUGCAGUCAUGUCAUAUCAGGUGACAUGUAAGGCUGCAUACUCUCCUUGUGCUGCACUCAUACAGGGAAGUAUUAGUACUACAGUUUAUGGAUUGUUGCAUGAUUAGUUUUUCACCUAAAACCCAUUAAACUUAAGACCAUGGAUUGAUUUGACCAGUCUACAAAACAACUCAUGUUUGCUUUCGGACCUACUUUUUCCACAUUUGCAGUAAGUUUUGAAUGUCACAUUUAAUGCAUAGUUGCACAUUUACAAAAUGACAGUCACAAUCUAAUGCCACCAAACCAAGUAAAUAGUUGGAAACAGAUUAGAUUUAGCUUACUGAAGAAUCAUAUAGCUUCUUGCCAAAGAUUCAUGGGAGUGUGUAUAGAAUUAGCAGGGCAAAAAUUAUGGAAAGAGGAAGUAGCUGGUGGCAGUGGAAGAAGGACCUUGAAUGUUACAUACAGAUGCAUUUUUACUUGAUCCGAAAUGUUUCAUUAGAGCGCGUCAAACUGAGGAACUGACUGGUUUUCUGUACUUUUUAUAUAGUAUAAUGAUGAUGUCAUGUUAAGAUGAAGGCAGUUAAUAGCCAACAGCUCCCAGCUGUUGUCAAGACAAUAUGGACCUGAUGAUGUUUGUACUAUAAACACAGAACAACUGUGUGCUUGUCAUUGUAUCUUAAUUCAGAGACGCAAUUGAGAUUGAAUAUUUUGUAUAAAGAAUACAUAUUUCCAAACCCUGUAUCAAUACUAAAGAUUUGUUACUUUGUUUUUGUCUUUUUUGCACUGGAUCUAUGUUUUAUUGCUUGGUGGUAAUGGCAUGCUAACAUAUGUUUGUAUGCAAAGUGGUGGAAGAUGACAAUAAACAUUGAAUUGAAUUCA